AGAGAAGGCAAGAACCAGCAGCACCCGAUGAGCCCCGCGACCGAAGACGAGAGGAACCUCCCGGAGACGCUCCGCGUAGCCAUCGAGGCCUCCAUGCGCCUCCGAGCAACCGACGAAGAUGCGCUCAACCUCGCGGUAGAGCUGUUCAACAAGCACGCGACCGCGCUGGGCUUGAAGGACUGGAUCAUGGACGAGAGCAAGCUCAUAGACUCGGCGACGCUCCUCCAGCGCCUCACCUACGACGAGACACCGUACGCGGUUGCGCAUGCCAACAACUACUUUAGCACAGCUCAAGUUCUCAAGUGGGCCAUGCACCGUGAACCCGCCCCCGCCGAGGUGGCUGCCGCACAACAGAACAGCAGCAACUGCGCGCGAAAGGAAAGCCUCGGGGGUUGCCUGUACAAAGCAGCACAGCUUGGCGAUGUGGGCCGAGUGCGAGAGCUGCUCGGCCAGAGCGCCGAUGUCGAAUGGCGCCACUCGGGCGGGUUCACGCCGCUCUCCGCCGCCGCUUUCAACGGCCACGAUGACGUUGUGGGCCUCCUACUAGAUGCCCACGCAAACGCCGACGACGUCUCCAGUAAUGGCGUCACACCGCUCAUUGUCGCAGCGCUUGAGGGUCACGUCAUGGUCGUGCGGCUCCUCCUCGGCGCUACUGCCAAAGUCAACUGGAGAGACAAUGACGGCGAUACAGCGCUGCACGUUGCGUCGCGGACCGGACGUGCUAACGCCGUGCAGCUGCUCCUGGGCGCAGGCGCCGACGUCAACCUGAAAAACAGUAUCGGCAAUACGGCGCUGCACGAAGCGUCCCGAGAGGGUCAUGCUACCGCCGUGCAGCUGCUCCUGAGUGCAGGCGCCAAAGUCAACUGGCUAUACAAUGACGGCAAUACAGCGCUGCACAUAGCGUCGAGCCGAGGCCAUGCUGACGUCGUGGAGCUGCUCUUGCACGCAGGCGUCGACGUCCACCUGAAAAACAUUAUCGGCAAUACGGCGCUGCACGAAGCGUCUCGAAAGGGCCAUGCCCCCGCCGUGAAGCUGCUCCUGGGGUCAGGUGCCAAAGUCAACUGCAGCAACAGUGACGGCAACACGGCACUGUACCUUGCGAGGAAGGCAGGACAUGUUGACGCCUCGAAUGUGCUCCUAGGCACUGAGCCGCGUCUAGAAAAGGCAGUCCGCAGCGACAAGGUCGGACAGGUCGAGAGCGUGCUGCGUACCUACAGCAUUACCGUGGACGAGCGACUGCGGGGAGUCGACUUUGCGAGUCCUUGGGACGGCGUCUCACUCGUGGCGCACCCGGCGUUGCAGCAAGAGCUCACGUCCAAGCUCCAGUGUGUGUCUUCCCGAGCCUCGCCGUUCGCGGGCAUCAACCUGCUUCGCACCUUGCAGCUCUCGAAGCCGAUUCCCGAGCUCGACUUGUUGUACGCGCUCGAGCUGCUUCACUUGCCCGGCGACGAUGCAGCCGCCGUGACGAGCCACAUUGAGAGCUACUUGCGCCACUUGGUGCUCACGGGCAACGCCGCCCACCCGAUUCUGCUGCUCGCCUUGGGUCGCUGGCUAAAGGACUUUGCUUUUGUGAAGGCGUUUGCGACCAAGUACCCGACCGCGACAGACGCAUGGCUGCUUCCCACCGAGAAACAACACCUUGCGCCGGCGCAAGCCGAGUCACCAUCGCCGCACACGGACCCGUGCAUUCGGCAGCUCUGGGCGACGUUACCCGGGAAGCCACCAGCGGCCGUGCCAGCCAUGGACGCCCUCUUAGAUCUCGUGGGCAUCCCAAAAGUCAAGCGAUUUGCCAUUGGGCUCUUCCAAACCGCAGCGGCGCUCGCGCAGAUGACGCCCGAGACGCGGCAGAAGAACCCGAUUUCCUUAAACUACUGCUUUGUGGGCAACGCGGGCACGGGCAAGACCACGGUGGCGCGCCACUUUGCGACGCUGCUCCACGCCUCAAAGCUGCGCUCCAAGGAUGUCUUUGUUGAGACAGAUGCGCGGCAGCUCAAGGACGCCGGUGCACCAGCAUUCGACAAGCUCGUGCAGAGUGCUUUGGACGGCGUCCUCUUCAUCGACGAGGCGUAUGAUCUUGACCCGGUGGGCGACCUCCGCGGCAAACCGAUCGUGGCCGCACUCCUCACCGCGGCCGAGAACCUCCGGGAUCGCAUCACGAUCAUCCUCGCGGGCUACGAGACGGACUUGCAGACCAAGCUGUUUGACUUCAACGCUGGUCUCAAAAGUCGUUUUCAGUUUGUGACGUUCGAGGACUUUGAUGUGACGGAGCUGGCCGAGGUCUGCCGCCAGCAGGUCGCUGCCCGCGGCUGGACGGCUCCAAAAGCGCUAGCGACGCUCGUCGCCAAGAAACUCAUCAUCGGCGCCAACACCAAGGGUUUCGGUAACGCGCGGUCGGUGCGGCAGGAGGUAGAGGCCGCCACGCAGCGGGCCAUGGCGCGACCCACGUUUCGCGGCCAGUCGCUGGUGCUGUGUCUGGAAGACGUUUUGGCCGAGCACGUGUCGGGAAACCCCAAGCUGCAACGCUACAUGGCCGAGCUGGAGGCCAAGAUUGGCUGGGCCGCUGUCAAGAAGAGCGUCAAGGAGCUGCUCGCGCUCUGCGCCAAGAACCAAGAGCGCACGCUCACGGGCAAGGCGCCGCUGCCCGUGCGCCUCCACCGCCUCUUCCUCGGCAACCCCGGCACGGGCAAGACGACGUGCGCGGCGCUCUACGGACGCAUACUCAAGGAGCUGCGCCUCCUCUCGGGCGGCGACGUUCUGCUCAAGACGGCGAGUGAUCUCAUGGGCGACCACGUCGGCGACGCGCAAAAGCGGACACUUGCAACGCUCGAGCAAGCCAAAGGCAAGGUGCUCGUCAUCGACGAGGCUUAUGUGCUCAACGAGGGGAGCUACGGCAAGGAGGUCCUCAACGUCCUCGUCGAGAAGGUGCAGAGCACAGGCCGCGAAGACAUUGCCGUGCUCCUCCUUGGGUACGAGGCGCAAAUGCUGACCAUGCUCCGGGAGCAAAACCCGGGGUUGGCCCGCCGAUUCCCGCGUGAAGCCGCCUUUGUUUUCGAAGACUACUCAGCCUUGGAGCUGCUCCAGCUCCUCGAGUACACGUGCAAGCAAGAAGACGUCACGUGUUCGUCCAUGGCGAUGGAGGCCGCGCUCAACGUGCUCGAGAAGCAGAAGACGUUAGCCAACUUUGGCAACGCCGGCGCCGUCAAUACACUGGUGCACCGCGCAAUGGCCAAGGCAUCGCUGCGCCCUGGCACCUGCAUCGUUCUCGGACCCGACGAUUUCACCGAGGUAAAAAAAGCAGUCUCAACCGACCCAUUUGCAGCCCUCGACGGUCUCUUUGGCAUGACAACCGUCAAGAAGGCGCUAUUGAGUUUGCGCAACGCGAUGCUCGUGGCACGCGCCGACGGCGAUGCGCUGCCAACCCUUGGCCACUUUGUCUUUCGAGGGUCCCCUGGCACGGGCAAAACCACGGUCGCGCGGGCGCUGGCGACCAUCUUGUUCCAGCUGGACUUGCUCACAGUGGAGAGUGUCGUGGAAACGACGGGACUCGAACUCAUGGGCAACUUUGUCGGCCAGACCAAGACCGUCGUCCAGGAAAAACUCUCGGCGGCCAACGGCGGCAUCCUUUUCAUCGACGAAGCGUACGCGCUCGCGGAUGGUCCGUAUGGUCGGGACGCCGUCGCGACACUUGUCGCGGCCAUGACCGAUCCAACGUACAAGAGCCUCGUGAUGGUUGUCGCCGGGUAUCCGCGCGAGAUGGACGCCAUGCUCAACACAAAUGGAGGGCUCAAAUCCCGCUUCACUCGCUUCUUUGACUUUCCCGACUGGUCGCCGGAAGACUGCGUCGUAUUUGUCAAGACGACGAUGGACAAAAGCAACUUUGUAGCGGACGAGAGCGUCCACGAGGCGCUCGCCACCUACUUUGGCGUGCUGCGCCAGCUCCCAGGCUGGGGCAACGGCCGCGACGUCCAGAGCGUCUGGAAAGCCGUCCUCGGGGCCCGCGCCGACCGCAUCGCAGGGCUCCCGGCGCAGCUGCCAAAGAUCAUCCUCGAGGCCGACGUGGACAUUGCGUGCGAUGAGAUCGUGCGCGCCCGAUCCGCCCCCGUCACACCGCUGGCCGCAAAGGUGACGAGCAUGUUUGUCGAGGAGGUGGCUACGGCCGUGGCCCCUGCUGUGGCGUCGCGCGCCCCCGAGCGCACGAAGAAAGGCAACGUCGAGGCCAGUCACACUCGUGAGAAGGCCGCGAUGAAGACGUGCCAGCGCGAUGCCGGCGUCUCGGACGCGGACUGGGCCGAGCUUGAGGCGGCCAAGGAGGCCCACGAAGCCCAUCUGGCACAGUGGCAUCGCGAGCUCGACGCUCAAGCGCUGGCCAAGAAGCUCCAGGAAGAAGCCGAACUUCGAGAGCGCAUUCGCAGUCUCUGCAAGUGCCCGAUGGGAUACGAGUGGAUCCAGCUCUCAGGAGGCUGGCGCUGCAGCGGUGGCAGUCACUUUGUCACGGACGCAGAACUCAACGCCAAGUUCACCGCAUAA